AAAGUGAAGAAACUCACUCUCAUCCCUCUUAUAUUCCUCAUCUACUUCGAGGUUGCCGGUGGUCCCUACGGCGAAGAGCCCGCGGUUCAAGCGGCGGGCCCCCUCCUUGCUCUCCUGGGCUUCCUCAUAUUCCCCUUCAUCUGGAGCGUCCCCGAAGCCCUAAUCACUGCGGAGCUAACCACCGCCUACCCUGGCAACGGCGGCUUUGUGCUGUGGGCGGAACGGGCCUUCGGCCCCUUCUGGGGCUCCCUAAUGGGAACGUGGAAGUUCCUGAGCGGUGUCAUCAACAUCGCAUCUUUCCCCGUCCUCUGCAUCGAAUACGUCCAAAAACUCUUCCCCGUUCUCCGAUCUGGCUGGCCCCGCCAGUUGGCAGUCAUAGCUUCAACCCUGGCUCUCUCAUUCCUGAACUACACCGGCCUCACCAUCGUGGGCAAUGUCGCUGUGUUACUCGCUGUUGUUUCUCUCUCCCCCUUCGUGUUAAUGUCCCUCAUCGCCAUCCCCAAGAUUAAACCCCAUAGGUGGGUUAGCUUGGGUCAGAAGGGUGUUAAGAAAGAUUGGAACUUGUUCUUCAAUAUGCUCUUCUGGAACCUUAACUUCUGGGACAAUGUCAUUACCUUAGUCGGAGAAGUUGAUAAACCGAACAAGACUUUCCCUUUGGCUCUUUUCGUUGCAGUCAUUUUCACCUGCGUCUCCUACUUGAUCCCUCUCUUCGCUGUCACCGGAGCAGUAUCGGUUGACCAGAACCAAUGGGAAACUGGGUUCCACGCGCAGGCUGCUGAAAUUAUCGCAGGGAAGUGGUUGAAAAUCUGGAUUGAAGUCGGGGCAGUGUUAUCGGCAAUUGGUCUUUUCGAGGCCCAGUUGAGCAGCAGCGCCUACCAGGUUCUGGGCAUGGCGGAGAUCGGGAUUCUCCCCAAGUUUUUCGGAGUUAGGUCAAAGUGGUUCAACACGCCUUGGUUGGGAAUUCUGUUAUCUACUUUGAUAUCUAUUGGUGUGUCUUACAUGGACUUCACCGACAUAAUUUCUUCGGCGAAUUUCUUGUACAGUUUGGGGAUGUUGUUGGAGUUUGCGUCGUUUCUUUGGCUGAGGUGGAAGUCGCCCUCCAUUGAAAGGCCUUACCGUGUUCCCCUGAAGCUGCCACUGUUAGCAGUGAUGUGCUUCAUACCCUCUGGUUUUCUGGUUUUCAUAAUGGUCAUUGCUACCAAAACUGUUUAUUUGGUGAGUGGUGUGAUGACUGUAGCUGGAAUUGGGUUUUUCUUUUUAAUAAAACUCUGUAAGACAAAGAAGUGGGUAGAGUUCAGCGUGGAGGAACAGAAAGAAAUCCCCAAUGAAAGGCAUGUGUUUUGAUGGAAUCAAAAUUCAAAUUGUAAUUGUUUAAUGUUUAAUGUUUAAUCUUUGACAUUCAAGUCCAGUA